GCGCGGCAGGCAGCAUAACAGCCAACGGCAGGAACUGUUACAGCUUGACACCAUAACCUCUAGCCUUUAGCUUGCAAACCAGAAACAGCGACGGACAUCGAUUUAGGAAAUUUCAGUUCACAAUGUCUGCCACCGGUCCAGAGGGUUCUGGCAUGGCGUCAGGAAACCGCCGCUUGCAGCAGACCCAGGCUCAGGUGGAUGAGGUAGUGGACAUCAUGCGUGUCAAUGUGGACAAAGUGCUGGAACGUGACCAGAAGCUGUCUGAGCUGGAUGACAGAGCAGACGCACUGCAGGCUGGAGCCUCCCAGUUUGAGACCAGCGCCGCCAAGCUCAAGAGGAAGUACUGGUGGAAGAACUGCAAGAUGUGGGCCAUUCUGAUAGCUGUUCUAGUCAUCAUUGUGGUCAUCAUCAUUAUUUGGAAUUAUUCGUAAAGCAGCAACACUAAGAAGAGGAGUUGGAGGAAAUGAUGAAGAAGAGGAGUGGAGCUAAGUGCAUAAUUGAUGUCUCAUAGGAAGAGAUCUGAUAGUUACUGCCUACUGAGCUCCACAACAGCCUUCUCUCCUACAGGGGGUCUUCAUUCCUGGUCCUGAAUUUGUGUGUGUGUGUGUGUGUGUGUGUGUGUGUGUGUGUGUGGUACACAGGUUAUCACAGUACCACAGUUUUAUCCUGCAGUACGCAGAAAAAGCAGGUAUUAAGUAUCACAAUGCCAUGACAUAUGCCAAAGAGUACAAAAAAUACUCAGCAGUUUGAUAAAACAGCCUAAGCAACUCAAAUAAACCAGUUCUUGUGGAUGAACUUGUUUGAUAUUCAUAAAGGUUAUAAUGUUUUGGUAUCAUGGUAUUUUGAUGUCAUUGGGGUGUUGUGUAAUCUAUUUCCCAGCCUACCUUUAUAAUUAAUGAUAUAAACAAAUCAACUGAGAGCCCAUGACUGAGCAUAUACACACGCACUGUCGUCAGGACUAGGAAGUGAAGAAUACUGUUGUAAAUUCUCCUCAACAAAUAUUUUCUUUUUUAUGUUUUUAUUAAUAAUAGCCAUUUAUAUUGUGUGCCAGGCUAAGACAAGUGCCCUUGUGAUACAUUGUUGUUUUGUUUGUCUUCACUGUAACAGCAAUCCCACAUAUCAAAUUGAUGAUCCCCCUUUCCGACAUAAACUUACAGAGUUUCCCCACCAGUGUUUUGGUCAAAUCUUAAAAUUUUUCUGUAUAACCUGUAAAAAUGUAAUGGCCAAGUCUUUUGUGAAUGGUUCCAGUUAAUCUGUGAGUGUUGGGAUACAAUACCUUAUUUAUGCACAAUGUUUAGUUCUGGAUGUGUUCUGGGUGUAAAUGAGUAUAAAGCUUUUAGAUUGAAUAAAGAGGUUUUUCAUUGGCUGCCUCCUGUGGAAAGAUGACUAUGGACAGGCUGUUGAAUCCUUACCACCUGAUCAUAACUGUCCAUGGCCAUCCUCCUUUCAGGUCAGAUUCAAUGUGCCAUAUAAGCUUGUAUGAUUUUGUGUUUAGAGACCUACCUGUGCUCCCACACAACAUGACAAGGGCUGUAGAGGAACUGCUUUGUUCCAGGUUUACCUUUGAUCGUGAAUGUAAUCCAAGCACAAACCAGUAAGAAUAUGUAGCUAUAGAUAGAUGCCUUAAUUAAGUUUCUCCAUUGGAGAACAGCCAAAAUACAGACAAACCGUAUGACAGAUUUACACCAGCCAGUCUAUCAGUUGUGCCUCUGACUGUGCUUUACCACACAAACACUGUAUAGCUUGGCUGACUUGAUUCAUCUUGGAAGUCUUUUGUGUCUCUUCACACUGGCACUCAUUCCAUCACCAGUUCUCUCUCAGAUGUACUAUUUUUUAAUUUGAUUUCAGUUGUUGAAAUGUCCUUUUUCCCUCCAUUUUAUGACAACUUUGUUUUGUUAACUAGUAUUAGCAGCACUAAUCUUAGGAGACACUGUAUGGUAGUUUUUUGGUGUUAGUGUGUGGGGAUGCUUACUAUAAGGCAUUACUGCUGCUAAACAUCAGGAGUGUUUGAGUUUGAAGGACAGAUUUCAAUACGCAGUGUCUGUGUGAUACAAGAUACCAACACUGGAUGAUUGUAUACCUUACCGUUGCUUCCAGUUUGUUAAAAUAGAAAAAAAAAAAAAAAUCUGUUGAAACUUUUUGGCAUUACAUUGCCUGUAUGGAUUUGAUUUCAGCCCCCCGGGGAUUUCGGUUUUUCAGUGAUCAUUGAGACCAAAACUCAUGAUUUUGUGUUUUGUAGCAGUUUGCAAGGCAGUUAGCAGAUUCUUGUGUUUGGCCUUCUGUGUGCCAUUGAGGAUGGUAUCAGUAGCUGUGAUUAGCAAAAUAAAAUUUACACUGAUUCAAGUAUGGGCUCCUUCUAAUUACACAUUUUUAUAGAAUAUAGAUGUAAUUGUAGCCACCAAGAAAAUGUCUUUUUAUUUUGCAAUGUUUCCAAAGGCCACCCAAAAGGCUUUCAGGGCCCCAGUGGUUCCCUUUUAGCACAGAUGUGUGGAAUUGUCAUCAUCUCCCAUCUACACCAGAAAUUUUAGACCCAAUAACUGCCAAGCCUUGCUCAAAUCUACCUUCUCAGAGUGUAUAUUGGAAAUAAGUGCAAUUCUACUCUUUAGCCUUAAAUACGUUUUGCUUGAAUAAAAAUGAUUUAACUUUUA